AUGUUGCCGUACAACGGACACAACAGUUACCAGAACCAGUUUCCGUCGCCGGAGACUGACAACGUUCCGGGGAAGUGGAAGCUUUCGUACGGCCACGAGGAGACCGUUGCUCCUCCUUGCCCACGUUGUGCAUCUUCCAACACCAAGUUCUGUUACUACAACAACUACAGCUUGUCUCAGCCUAGAUACUUCUGCAAAGGUUGUCGUCGUUACUGGACCAAAGGCGGUUCUCUCCGCAACAUUCCCGUCGGUGGAGGCUGCCGCAAGAGAAGCCGCAGCAGACACAACAGUCACAAAAGGUUUGGCCGGAGCGAAAAUCGAUCCGAUGGUCUAAUCAACCAAGACGAUGGCUUCCAGUCCAGCCCUGCUGGUUCCGUUAUUGAUCUGGCUGCGGUUUUCGCACAGUACGUGACUGACCGGAGCCCUUCUAGCACAGAUAACACUACCGGAUCCGAUCAAGAUUCACCGGUGACAACAACAACAACGACUCAUGAUGCUUUAGAUUCCUUGAACUGGGAUGUCUGCCAAGAAACCGAUCCGGAUCUUGGUUUCUACAGGGAAUUCAGUAACCUAACCGAGAAGAUCCAUGGAGAUGAACGAGGUUUUGAUCAAGAGGAGAUGUUCGAGUUCCAGGGUUUACUCGAUGACAAAGAGAUUCAAGAGAUCCUGGAAUGCUCAUUCUCAGAGGAGCCAGACCACUUGAUCUCUCAGGGGAGCUUCAUGAUCAACGGUGAUAACUGGAGUUCAACAGAUCUUACAAGGUUCGGGAUUUGA